AUGGGCGGGCAUCAAGAAGAUGCAGAAGAAUUCCUAGGAUUCUACCUCAACACGCUCGAAGAAGAGCUUCUAACGCUCUCCUCAUCUCUCACCAACCCCAACCAGGCUCCAACUCAGCAGAACAACAACGCCCCAGCAAACAACGUGCAAGAAGAGGGCUGGCUCGAGGGGCAACCCUCGACGCAACCCAACAAGUCCACAUCGACUCCCUCCCUCCGAUCCUCAUCCUCGCGCUCGUGCUGCUGCCGACGGCAACCAUGUACCGUCACAUGGACACUUUGCAUUGGGUUCCUCAGCCCACACAUGAUCUACACCUCUGGCGUCAUAUUAGAUGCCACUAACAAAGACACCUCCCUCGAGAACUCCAAGGAUACAAGUCGUUACUAUACCAUCGCUGCUACCCUAGUACAGUAG